AUGAACUCCACACCUCCAUCAGUCACCAUGGACAACCUGUGCGCUGUCUGUCCACGCCCAGGCACGCUCUGUUCUGGCUGCAAGAACAUUCGCUAUUGCUCUCAUGCUCAUCAGAAGCAAGACUGGGAGAUGCAUUGGACUGUUUGUAAGCAGUUCAGCGAACUUGGCGACCGCCCCUCUCGCGAUAUGAGACGUGUGAUCUACUUCGAUACCCCUCUUGGAGAGCAUCCCAAGUUCAAGUGGCUACCACUGAUAUUCGGAGAGGACUACGAACAACCUGAUUGGGAGAGCGAGAAACUGUUGGGCCCCGGUGAUCCCGCAUGGACUCGCGUUGACUUCUCGAAGAACUCGGUGAAUGACAAGGAACUGCAUCACACUAUCUUUCUCGUGCACUUGGUGGUGCGCGGGAGCUGUCGCCAAAGCGAUGCUAAGUUCAACGAUUCCGUUUACGAUAUAACCAAGGGAGCCACUACCAACCUCAUGGGCCCCAUCGUCGCCUACGGAGUUCUGGAGCCGGAUUAUGACGCAGAUGAAUUGGAGCCCGAGAGAUGUAUUGACCUGGACACAACCGAUCUUAAGGCUAUUGUCAACUACUUACAAGGAAAAGAAAAUCCUGGCCGUGAGAACAUCGUCGUGAAACUCAACUGCAACGGACUCACUCAGAAGCCGCCAAUCGAGCAAAGCAAGCUGAUGAACUUCAGGCCCGACGCAAUCUUUUCGGGUGUUUGGCUCUACUUCUCCCCACUCUCUAAGAUCCUGGGCAUCCCUCUUCUCCUUUUUGCUACCUCAACCGAAUCUGGACUUGACAUCACCAAUGAUGCGGCAGAUCUUCUCAUGAUCCCUUGCGAAAAGGGUGCAAAGAACUGGGGAAAGGUGAUGUCUGAGUGGCGUGGAUCUGAAGGCAACAUGAUUGUCAUGCGCAGAGAUGGCCGCUUCCUCGAUUACAUGUAUCUCAGGCUGAUCAUCGCCUGGAUCAAGAAUGACCUGAUUCCUCUUUUCAAUGCAGCACGCAGAGAAUGCCAAGCGGAGAGAAACAAGGUCAAGAAGGACAAGAACUACUAUGGAGAAGCCGCAAGAAAGAUUCUCAAAAUUCAUGAAAAGAUGACCUUCGAUCACAUCACCAUGGACAGAUUCGAGGACUACACUGGUGAGAUCCCUGAGGCAAUUCAAGAGUACGUUGUGACCGAUGACGAAAUGCCACACGACCACAAAGAGCCUGAAGAGAGUGACAACGAGAGCGACCAGUCUGACGAGGAUGGUGAUCAAGCUCACUACAGCGAUGAUGAAAAGUAG